AUGUCACUCACCAUCUUCAACGUCAAGCACGGCGAGACCGUGCACACUCCCCUGUUCAUUGUUCAUGGACAGUGCGCAGACGGUGUCCAAUCAGGCAUCGUUUCAGUACAGAGCAAGACGAACAGUUAUCCACCCUUAUUCUACGAAGUGAACGGAGGGUUCUUCAAGGCUCCGGUCCAUCUGAACAGAGGCUCAAACGAGCUGAUCUUCAUGCAUUCCCAGGGAAGAGUGAACACCCGAGGAGGAGGUGUUGCGAUGACGAUCAAUUAUGACCCGUUACCGAACAAGCCCGUCCAUCUCUGUCUGCUGGUAGCCAAGGACUCACCUGGCUACUUCGAUACCACCAGUGAGAAGGGCAGAGAAGAAGGCAACGGUAUUGACCUGGCAGUUAAAAAGCUGAGAGUAGGUGCAAGACUGAUGCAGGCAUUCACCAAUGAGCAGAUGCUGAGGGCUGGGUUUGGACAAAGAACGUUCAACUUUGCAGAGGAAGAGGCCAAUGACACACUGUUUGAGCAGGAACAAGGCCGUGUCUCCCGACCAACUGUUAAGAUCCACGUGAUUAGAUCAAAGAAGACUUUGGCAGAGCUGAGAGAUCCGAACUUGGCUCAACAGAACUCCAAGGGAACCAACACUGGUGGACUGUUUGGAAUCGCCAUGGAUGAGCUGAAACACUAUGGCCCACUGGCAAACGAACAGAGACCUUUCCAGGCUGCAGUGAUGUUCUUGGAUACUCACUGGGAUACCAAAUUGAGGUUGAUCUUGACACAUGCUGCGCUAGGUGGUGGUGAUGGGGAGUUAAAGCUGGCGAUCUUUGGCUCUCAUGGCCUGUACUCAUGGCCUUCCUCUCUGGAGAAGGUGGUUCCAGCGUUCCAGGACGACAGGAAGAGUAACAUCAAUGAAGUGGCCAAUGACUGUAACGAGUGUGGGACGUACUGGGAAUGCUUCAACAUCACCUUUGGUGCUUUCCUCCACGAGAUUGGACACCUGCUGGGCUGUCCUCAUCAAGUCAAUGGUGUGAUGCUCAGGGACUACGUCCGCAUCAACAGAUCAUUUGCUUCCCGUGAGACGUACUGUAUGAGAACCAAGUCAAACGGAAUGUCACCUCUUCUGCCUAAGGAUGAAUGUGGAUGGAACAGACUGGACCUCCUGAGAUUCCUACACCAUCCAUCGUUCCGUUUGCCGUCAGAUUCCCAGGAUCCAACUUUUGGCCUACCACAGCAAGGUGGUGGACCUGUCAUCCUACCACUUGGUAAUGGCCAGGCAACCAUCAAGUCGCCAACUGGAAUCUAUGCCGUGGAGGUCAUCAAAGACGACCUUGCCCGUGGUUAUCUAGAAUUCUCACCUCGUUCGCUAGGAGGCCAAGGUGCUCAGAAUGAAAUCCACGUCACCUCACAGCAGCUGAAGAACUUGCUGCCUAGAGACAAACAGAACGGCGAUUACGACGUUAGAGUCUUAACAGCAGGUGGUGAAGCGUUCCAGAAGGAUACAGCAAUCAAAUCAGCACCGAUGGGUCAGCUGGACCGUGGUAACAAAUUCGAGCCUGUGUUCUUCAACCCUCAUAGGGUUGUCAACGUUAGAGUGUACUGGGGUGGAGCCGUUGACGGUAUUCGUAUUGACCUUGGAAAGGAACAGGAUCAACCACAGGCAGGCUCACCACCACCAGUGCCUCAGAGAGAUUACAAGAGCUCCUUCAACAAGCUGGUUUCAGGGUUAAAGGACAUGGCUGUCAACAGACAACCAGCCUAUCAAGCUGCAGAAUCCUCUGUGCUUGCUGGCAACGUGACCAACAACUAUACUGAUUUCCCAUUACAGCAGGGAGAAACCAUAGCAGAGCUACGUUUUAGAUCAGGUGCGUGGAUCGAUGCUGUCCAGAUCGUCACUUCCACGGGGAGAAGCUCUCAGAUGUUUGGAAGAGCAGAUGGAGGCAGUGCCAAUGCCUUGAGUCCGCCUCAAGGAUAUCAAAUCAUCGGUCUCUAUGGUUCUCUGGAUCGCUGGCUAGGAUCCUUGGGUGUUAUCUAUGCACCAGCAUAG